AUGAAAACACGGAUUAUCGAACACGCUGAAUCUCGUGGCAAUGUUUUACUCUCUUUUGCACCAGUAAUAUAUUUAGAAAACUAUACUUAUCUUGCCAUUGUGGCUUUAGGAGUUGAAAUAAAUAGUAUUUUUAUACAUUUUCGUCAAAUUCUUUUAUUUUUGGAUUUAAAACAGACAAUUAUGUAUAGAAUUAAUUUUUUUAUCAACAUGGGAACAUUUAUUAUAUUUCGAUUUGUGGGUGUUGGAUGGAUGAUAAAAUGGUUUAUUAUAAAUCGUUUAGAUGUACCAGUUAUGUUAAAUUUGUUUAUAACAUCUGGAUUAAUCCUUAUGACUAUAAUUAAUGUUAUAUUAAUUUAUCGAUUAAUACUACGUGAUUUUAUUCAAUCAUCAGCAACAAUAAAAAAUAAACAUGAACUAUCAAAAGAUCAUUAA